CGCACUGCUGUGGCGGAGCGCCCCGGAGAGCUCCCGGCGAGGUGACUAUGGAGGCUGGAGGGCUCCCCCUGGAGCUGUGGCGCAUGAUCUUGGCCUACCUGCACCUUCCCGACUUGGGCCGCUGCAGCCUGGUGUGCAGGGCCUGGUACGAGCUGAUCCUCAGUCUCGACAGCACCCGCUGGCGGCAGCUGUGUCUGGGCUGCACCGAGUGCCGCCACCCCAACUGGCCCAACCAGCCUGAUGUGGAGCCUGAGUCUUGGAGGGAAGCCUUCAAGCAGCACUACCUUGCCUCCAAGACGUGGACCAAGAAUGCUCUGGACUUGGAGUCCUCUGUCUGCUUUUCUCUGUUUCGCCGGAGGAGGGAACGGCGCACCCUGAACGUGGGACCAGGCCAUGAGUUUGACAGCUUGGGCAGUGCCUUGGCCAUGGCCAGCCUGUAUGACCGAAUUGUGCUAUUCCCAGGUGUAUAUGAAGAGCAAGGUGAAAUCAUCCUGAAGGUGCCUGUGGAGAUUGUAGGCCACGGGAAGUUGGGUGAAGUGGCCCUGUUAGCCAGCAUUGACCAGCACUGCUCAACCGCGCGCCUGUGCAACCUCAUCUUCAUGCCAGCCUGGUUCUCACCCUUCAUGUUUAAGACAACAUCAGGACAUGUCCAGUUUGACAACUGCAACUUUGAGAAUGGCCACAUUCAGGUCCACGGCCCAGGCACCUGCCAAGUGAAAUUCUGCACCUUCAAAAACACCCAUGUCUUCCUGCACAAUGUGCCCCUGUGUGUCCUGGAAAAUUGUGAAUUUGUGGGCAGUGAAAACAACUCUGUGACUGUUGAGGGCCACCCAUCUGCUGACAAGAACUGGGCUUACAAAUAUCUACUGGGACUGAUCAGGUCCUCGCCCAGUUUGCUCCCCACAGAGGACUCUGACUCUUUAAUGUCCCUAGACUUAGAGAGCAGAGACCAGGCCUGGAGCCCAAGGACCUGUGACAUUGUCAUUGAGGGCAGCCAGAGCCCUACAAGCCCAGCCUCUAGCUCCCCAAAGCCAGGUUCUAGGGCUGGCUCACAGGAGGCAGAGGUGGGCAGUGAUGGGGAAAGGGUAGCCCAGACUCCAGACAGCAGCGACGGAGGCCUGAGUCCCAGCGGGGAGGAGGAAGAUGAGGACCAGCUCACAUACAGACUGUCCUACCAAGUACAGGGUCCACGCCCUGUCCUGGGGGGCUCCUUUCUGGGUCCACCCCUGCCAGGAGCGUCGAUUCAGCUGCCCAGCUGUCUAGUGCUGAACUCACUGCAGCAGGAGCUACAGAAGGACAAGGAGGCCAUGGCACUGGCCAGCUCUGUGCAGGGCUGCCUCAUCCGCAAGUGCCUCUUCCGGGAUGGGAAGGGAGGCGUCUUCGUCUGUUCCUAUGGUCGAGCCAAGAUGGAAGGAAACAUCUUCCGGAACCUGACUUAUGCCGUGCGGUGUAUACACAAUAGCAAGAUCGUCAUGCUCAGAAAUGACAUUCACCGCUGCAGGGCUUCAGGCAUCUUUCUGCGCUUGGAGGGUGGAGGCCUGAUCGCAGGCAACAAUAUUUACCACAACGCAGAGGCCGGCGUAGACAUCCGGAAGAAGUCCAACCCGCUCAUCCUGUGUAACCAGAUCCACCACGGCCUCCGCUCUGGCAUUGUUGUCCUUGGCAAUGGGAAAGGCAUCAUCCGGAACAAUCAGAUCUUUUCAAACAAGGAGGCUGGCAUUUAUAUCCUGUACCACGGAAAUCCCAUCGUGAGUGGGAACCACAUUUUCAAGGGCCGCGCAGCUGGCAUAGCAGUGAAUGAGAAUGGCAAAGGCCUCAUCACAGAGAACGUCAUCCGUGAGAAUCAGUGGGGAGGUGUGGACAUCCGCCGUGGAGGCAUUCCCGUCCUCAGGAGCAACCUUAUCUGCUUCGGCUAUUCGGAUGGUGUGGUCGUGGGGGAUGAAGGCAAAGGACUGAUAGAAGGAAACACCAUCUAUGCUAAUAAGGGCUGUGGUGUGUGGAUGAUGUCGUCCAGCCUGCCCCAUGUCACCAGCAACCAUGUCAGCUACAAUGGCCUAUAUGGAGUGGCAGUGUUUAGCCAGAAGGAUGGCUCCAGGGAGUUCCCUGGAGGCCAUGGGGCCCAGGAGAACUUCAGCGAGGACGGCGAUGCUAUUCUCUGGGAGACAGAGCUGGAGAAGGAUGAUGACCCACUGCGCCGUCCAGUCACCAUCGCCCUGGUUGAGUCUAACAGUAUUAACCACAAUGGAGCCUCAGGACUCUAUGUCCAGAGCAGUGAGGCGCUGCACGUCAUCACCAACGUGAUCCACGCUAAUGGGGACAGAGGCAUCACUGUGGCUCAGAGCAGCCAGCUCACCCGUGUGGCCAGCAACAGCAUCUCCUGCAACCGCCAAAGCGGGGUCAAGGUCGAGGCCCAGUGCAAGGUGGAGCUCCGGGGCAACGGUAUCUAUGACAACAGAGGCCAUGGUGUCAUCACUAAGGGUGACAGCAUAGUUGUGAUCGAAAACGACAUCAUCGGCAACCGGGGCAGUGGGCUGCAGCUGCUGCCCAGGUCUGACACUAAGGUCAUAAAGAACCGGAUCCAUUCAUUCCGGGCUUAUGGCAUCGCAGUGCGGGGCCGUGCCAAGGCCCUGGUACAGGAGAACAUCAUCUUCCAGGGCAAGACCAGUAAGACCAUCUUUCAGCAGAUCUCAAACAACCGAGACUGCAUCAUGCAAAACAACAAGUUCUUGGUCUUCAAGAAAAAGUCUGAUACGUGGCGCCUGGUGAACCCACCGGCACGGCCUCACCUUGAAAACUCUCUCCGAGGCCCCUCUGCAGCUCACAGUGGGCAGAAGGGGACAGCCAUGGCCACCAGGAUUACGGCCCGCGUGGAAGGGGGUUACCACAGCAACCGUAGCAUUUUCUGCACCAUCCUAUAAGGAUGGGGGCACCUUGGAAUGGGCUAAUGGGGUGGGGGUGGGGGACACAUUGUCCAAAGACUUUAGAGCAGUGGCCACACACACUGCUCUCAGGCUUGGCCCUGAUGGGGGCUCAGCCAUGCCAAGAGGUGAGACUUGUGCGAUGCUCAAAGCAGUACCUGCCACGGUGCCAGGCCUCUUCAUCCUUACUCACUACCCCCUGAGAAAACAGGCUCUCAGGCUCCUGGGAACUAGUGCAAACCUCCCACACCCUUCCACUCCUUAACUGCCUCAGUGGGAAGGAACUUGGAAGUGAUUUUCAAGUAGAAAAAGGAACAAGAAUGGCAGGUUUCCAGUCACUCAAGACUCUUGUGGAGUGAGUUGGGGAAAUGGACACUGAAAGCUGUUCGGCCAGGGUUUUCUGUCUGAGUUAUAGGGAACUGCACUUUACACACACCAAACUCAGACUCUUCUCAGGAAAGAGUAGAUUUACUCCUGAAGGAGGGCAGGAAUUCCAGAGAGGUGGGAGGAGUCACUGCUCCAGAAUUUUCCCUUUCCUAGACCAGCCUGUGGAGGGCGAGGCGGCGAGUUUGGCUUCCUUGGGGACACAGUUCUUAGACUUGAACACAAAUGUAUCUGGAAGAAAGGACCUUGGGAAGGAAGCCCCUUUUUAAAGGCUGCCCAGGGAUGAUAAGGGGCUUGCUGGAAAGGGGCCUGUGGAGAAAGCUUCCUUCAAGCAGCCCUGCCGUGCAGACAGAUGGGCCUGGGUACUGUGGGGAUGAGUGGGACUCCACUACCCUCCUCAAAUCCCUGAACUCAGGAGGACAUUAGCUCCGCACCUGCCACGCAGGGAUUGUUCCCCUAAGCACACCCCCACCAGAUGUCCCUCCUGGGCACCUGACUGCUAGAGACGGAAGUGCCUCGGGCCCCACCAUGUUCUCAUGAACGACCAUCGGCCUUCACUGACCCCACCGUGACUCCCCACACUGUGCCUUGGCUCGUGCUCUCCCUCUUCCCGGCAUGCCUUCUCUCCAUCUGCGUCCCAAUCCCACCCCUCUUCAAGGUUCAGCUCAGACACUGCCUUGUUUACCAAGCACUCCCCACCCUCCAGGUAACAGUGCUCGCCCCCCUCUGAGCCUCUCUGCCCCCUCCUCUCAGGUACUGAGCACUUUCUGCCUUGCUUUGGAUUCUCCAGGUCCAUUUCUGUCCCACUCACCUGCCCGGGAGCACUCAGGGUGGGGCCACGUCUCACUGCCCGUACCCCACUGCUGGGACUUCAGUAAGGCUGGUAGCCGAGUGAGGAGAGGAAGGCCGGUUCCCAAAGGGCUUUACUGACUCCUACUGUGAAUGUGUCAAGCUUCCAGAGCCAGGCAGGCUCAGGCCCCAACUGCUUGAAGAAGGGGGCUGGGCUGGAUGCAGGAUUGCUCAGCCUGAACACUCUCCUUCCCACUCGGCCUUUCAUGUGGGGCUCUCGCCAGCCUGUUGUGGUCACUGCACUUGGCAGUGGCUUCCCAGGCUGGUUCUGCCAAGGCCCCUGGUGCUGCUCUGCCUGGUGGGGUGGGAGGGGGCUAGAGGGACCCGGGAGUUCUCCCUGAGGACUCUGGCACAAGAGUGCAGGCCCCCCGUCCCUGGCGAUGUCCUUUGCACUUAUCUGGUGGCCUCAAUGUGAGUCGCUGUACAAAAUGCUGCCUUUAUAAUUUUGUAAGAAAUAACUUUUCUGUGAACAAAGUGCUUAUGAAAAUCUCAGCAACCAAAAUAAAGUGGUGUAUUUUAAAAGUGCCUUGGGGAGGACUUUCCUUCGUCUGGGCACAGGCUGGAGUUCGGAGGUGGCUGGGUGCUGGACAGGCACUGCUGGCAGAGGCAUUCCCACGGCCCCACUGCUGCAGUGGGGCAGGACAGCACAGAGUGCCAGGCAGUUAGCCACACUGGUACAGUAGGGUGAACGUUAGUCCAUAGCUCUUUCAGAUCUC